UUUUCAAAUGUUUGCUCGUCGACACUGCUUACGAACGGAGAGCAGUAAGUAUCGCCUUGACAGUGUCACAGGCGAGAUGUGUCGUCUUUACGCUGUUACAUAAUUGUCAUCUUACUUAUAAUUGCAUUAAUUUAUAUUUAUUCACGGUCUUGUGCGUAUCCGCUCCUUGCUUCACAUGCAACGAGCUUGUCGACCAACCAUGUUGCUACCGAUACUUCUCAUAUCUAUCCUGACAUCCACAAACGCUCAAUCAUUGGAGAGUGUGAUAGAAGAAAUACUGAAGUUGGACCCAUAUCAGAUAUUAAAAAUCCCGAAAUUAUUACCUGAAACUCCUGAGGAUGCAAAGCUUAAUACGAUGCAAUUAAUAAGCAAGUACGGAUAUAACGGUGAGCUGCAUAAAGUGACAACUGAAGAUGGUUACAUUUUGGAACUUCAUCGGAUAACAGGACCAGCAACUUCUACCGAUGCAAAUGAACAAAAACCUGUUGCGUUUGUAAUGCAUGGCCUUACGUGCAAUUCGGCAGUUUUUGUUACUUCUGGCCGUGAGAAUAGUUUAGGGUUUAUUCUGGCAGAUGCAGGGUACGAUGUAUGGCUCGGUAACGUGCGUGGCAGUACGUAUUCUCGUGAACAUACAAAUAGCAAAAUCUCGAAGAAGGACUAUUGGGACUUCAGUUGGCACGAGAUGGGUACGAUUGAUCUUCCAACGAUGAUCGACUAUAUUGUGAAGACCACCGGCCGUGAAACAAUGUUCUACAUAGGACACAGCCAAGGCACCACCACUUUCUUCGUCAUGGCAACGGAACGCCCUGAAUAUCAGGAGCAUAUCGAAGAGAUGUAUGCUUUAGCUCCGAUCGCUUACUGCGGCAGGAUGAAGAAUCUCCUUUUCCAAUUCAUGUCACAGUUCUGUUAUCUUGAAGAAUUUUUCCGGAAAUUAAUUGGCGUCUACGAAGUCAAUCUUGACAACAAAAUAAUAAAAAGAUUUGGACAAGUUUUAUGUGGGGAGAAAGCUGCUACGCAACCGAUAUGCUCAAAUAUGAUGUUCCUGAUGUAUGGAUUCAAUCCUGAUCAACUUGAUCCGACUCUUCUACCGGUAAUCUUAGGACUUAUAGCUAGUGCAUCCACGAAGCAAUUUAUGCACUAUGCGCAACUCAUUAAUUCUGGAAAGAUGAUCACAGCAGGGAGAUUUCAACAAUACGACUAUGGACUUCGCAAUAAAGAAGUACACGGCUCCUUAACUCCACCGGAAUAUAAGUUGAACAAGAUCACUGCACCGAUGCACGUAUAUUACAGUGAAAACGAUUGGUUAGCAAAUAUUAAGGAUGUGGAAAAGUUGACCAGCGAAGUGAGCAAUCUCGCCAGUAAAACCUUAAUAGCAGACAAGAAAUUUAAUCAUCUCGACUUUGUAUGGGCUAAGAAUGUCAAGAAGUAUUUAUACGACCCGAUGCUGAAUCAAAUGGAUAAGAAACGUCAAUGAAAUGUUAGCAGCUAUUUCUCGGAAUUUCUGAGAUGAUUAAUCCACAGAAUUUGCUCAUUCUCGUUGACAAAUGUAUUUUAUUCUUAGAUCAAUGUUUGCGUUUAAUAUAAUUAAAUGUAUAUUGUUUUAAGUUAUUAAUCCUUUGUUAAUGUGUUAUGUUUUUAUAAACCAUUUUAUAUGUUUGCAAUUUUA